UCUCAGCUGGGACAUGUCAAACUGAAGCUGCUCUACAAGGCCUCCGUCCACGGCUUUACUGGUGCUGCCUUCCACCAGAGAUGUGACAACCAGGCGCCCACUGUGUCUGUGGGCUAUAAUGCCUCUGGUUAUGUGUUUGGAGGCUACGCCGGCCAACCAUUCAGUCAGACUGGACAGUGGGUGAAUGAUAACCAGGCUUUUGUUUUUAGUUUUACUGGUGGAAAACUCCAGAAAUACCCCUGUACUAAUGCUCCAAAUGCACUCUUGAUGCAAGGCAACUCUGGUCCUAAUUUUGGAAAUGUAAUGAUUCUUAUCCACGGAAACCAACCAGUGACAUACAGCGCUCCAGGGAAUUAUUACAACUUCAAUGCUGCAGAAAUGCAUGGAAAUGACCUGAAGCUGACUGAAUGCGAAGUUUACCAGGUGGAGGAAUCCACUGAACUCGAGAAGCCAUGGAGGACAGUCGUCUGGGAAUCUAAGAAGAGGGCUGAGCUGAUGGAGAGCAUCAAAACCUACAAACCCAUAGUCAGUUCUGUGUCCCAGGCUCRGGUUUUACUCAUCGGGCAGGUUGGUGCUGGGAAGUCCAGCUUCUUCAACUCCAUCAACUCUGUGUUCAGAGGCCAUGUCACCAGCCAGGCCAUCGCUGGAAGCUCUUCCACCAGCCUCACCACUCAGUUUCGGACCUACUCUGUGAAAGCAGGACGAGAAGGCAAACCUCUGCCAAUCAUCCUGUGUGACACCAUGGGCCUGGAGGASAGCAAAGGGGCGGGGCUUGAUGUUGAUGACAUCAGCAGCAUCCUUAAGGGUCAUGUGCCGGAUUGUUACCAGUUCAACCCCGCUGCUCCUCUUCAUGCCGAGUCUCAUGGCUAUCGCAAGUCUCCGGCUGUCAAAGACAAGAUCCACUGUGUGGCUUAUGUUAUUGAUGCCAACAAGGUCUCCAUUAUGCCCCCAAAGCUGGAGGAGAAGAUGGAAGCUAUCCGCAGAAAGGUUAACCUGCUGGGGAUUCCUCAGCUGGUUCUGCUCACUAAGGUAGAUGAAGCUUGUCCUUUGGUGAAAGAAGAUCUGAGAAACAUCUAUAAAAGUGGAUACAUCAAGGAAUUGAUGCAGGAGGUCAGCGUCAGGGUGGGCGUGCCCCUGUCCUGCGUUGUUCCAGUCAUGAACUACAGCAGGGAGCUGGAGCUGGACUUGAGCUGCGACAUCCUGCUGCUCAGCACCGUCAUCCAGAUGCUCCGGUUUGCUGACAACUACUUUGAUGACCUCAGCGACCGACUGAGCAGGACCGAAUGCAACGAUUAAGAAUCUGUAUUCACAAAACCUGACAGCUCAGGCUUAUCCACAUGUCCAGGUGUGUCAGUAUUUAUGCAUUGAUCUAGAACAACUGUAGAGUUUUACAUAUUCAAUGCAGCAGAAUAUAUUUACUUUAUACAGAUUGGCUGAAACAACUACCGUAUUUCCUGCACUAUAAGGGGCACCUAAAAACCUUCAAUUUCCUCAAAAGCCGACAGUGCGCCUUAUAUAUGGACCAAUAUCGAGCCGAUCUCGGCUUUAGGUGACAAACUGAACGCCGCCAGGACGCUGAGAGCAGCACGUCCUCCUCUGGCUGGCUUAAAGCGUUUGUUACUUUAAGAACAACAACAACAAAAAUCAACAAAACGCGCUCAAAUUAAUGACCCAA